UACUCCUUCUGGGCUGAGAAGAUGGGUUUUUCCUUAUUUUUAGAGUAAUUAGACCUCAUCCCGGCUGCAGAAAUGCUCGUAUUUCAGUAGAAAUGGUGGUGGGGUUGGUGCAAUGGGUGCAGGGGGUGCGAUGGGUACAAAUCUCCCCAUUGCUCAUCCUCAUCUCCAAAGAGCUUCUCCCUCCAUCCCAUCCCUCCUGCACUCUCAGUUGCUCCAUUACUGUCUAUAAACACACCUAAAAUGUGAAUGCUUUUAUCUCUCAGCUCCAGACUCGCCGUCCCUAUCGGGCUGGGGGGUUUUUGGGAGCAUCCCCAUCCCCACCGGGAUGCAACCCACGUCCUCCGGAAAACCGCCAGCGUGCCGGGGGAAAAAGGGCCCCACGGUCAGCAAUGCUGAGCUGCUCCGGCAUCCUCAGCCCGGCUGGGAAAGAAAAGGGGACUUUUAAGUGUUUUAAACAGUUUUAUCUUCUCCAUCCUGGGAUAAAGCUUUAAAUCCGCCACGGGGUUGCAGCAUCUUCGCUACUCUGGGGGGGGUAGAUGGAGCGCUGAUGGGUUUGGGGUGAUUGGGAUCAAGCUCCUAAAGUUUGGGGAGUUUGAGAUUUGAGAGCAAUGCCCUGAUGCGAUCCUUUCAUCUCCCCCUCCAGCAGCACUAAACCCAGCCUAAGCCCAGCCUAAACCGCGCCGGCGUGCUUGGCGCUGUGCAAAAUCCUCCCUCCUCCUGGCUUUUAAAAUUCAUCUAAAAUUCAUCCAGUUAGAAGAAAAACACCCAAACCUUGCUGACCGUCACAUCAAUAUACACACAGUGAUUUUAUUUCUAAUUAUUCCUUUAUUCCCCCCCAUCAGGCAGCUUGGGGAGGAGAAAGGGGCCGGCUCAGGUGUGGCAUUAGGACCCAGCGGAUCCCCCUUGGUGGAGGUAGGAAUUGUGCAUUUUUUUUUUAAACUCUCAUUUUGGAGUUUUUUUGGAAAGCAGAAGAGACCAAAGCGCCGGGCGAGGGCAGGAGCAGCAUUAACGCGUGUCCUCCGGCUGCUCCCCCAUCGCUGCCAUCAGGAUGAGAGCGGUUGGACUCUUCUUGCUGUGUCUGCCAGCAGCGCUCCUGGCCCAGGGACAGUACAGCAGGUUUGAAGGCAUCACCUACCCCGAGCCGGUCCAGUAUUCCCAGUACGACCAGCAAUCAGAAAUUCAGGAUUAUUACGACUAUCACGAUGUCACCCCCCGUGCCCCCGAGGAGCAGUUUCGCUACCAGUCCCAGCAGCAAUCACAGCAAGAAAUCGUCCCGGCCCCCACCCCAGCUGUUGCCCCCGAGACUGAACCCACGGAGCCAGGACCCCUCGACUGCCGGGAGGAGCAAUACCCCUGCACCAGGCUCUACUCAGUGCACAAGCCCUGCAAGCAGUGCCUGAAUGAAAUCUGCUUUUACAGCCUGCGCCGGGUUUACGUGAUCAACAAGGAGAUUUGCGUCCGCACCGUGUGCGCCCACGAAGAGCUGCUGCGAGCCGAUCUCUGCCGGGACAAGUUUUCCAAGUGCGGGGUGAUGGCGACCAGCGGGCUGUGCCAAACCCUGGGCGCCUCCUGCGCCCGCAGCUGCGGGGGGUGCUGAGCGCUGGGGGGGGGACACACACCCCCCCUUAGCACCCCAGCCCCAUCCCCAUCUCACCGUGGUGCUAAAGAAACUGUGCAUGAAAAUGUAUAACAAACGAACCAAAACAAAUCAAUUACUUUUUGUGCACAUAAAAAUAAAAAGGCGGGGGGGGGGAGGGUUUAUUAUUUUUAUUACUUUCAUUAUUAUAUUGUAAAAUUGGGGGGGGGUGCGAGCCCCCGCCACCCCGUUUUCUACGUAGAGUAUUCAAGAGAUAAAGCGUAAGGGUC